AUGAAAACCCUCAUUAAGUGCAUGAUUCUAAUUUUAGCUUUGAUGGCUUCUGUGUCAUCGGCAUCAGCCGCGCUUAAAGUGGACUUUUAUCGAUUUUCUUGUCCGCUCGCGGAAUCAGUUAUAAAGAAAGUUGUUAACAGAGAAGUGUCCCGUAAUCCCGGCAUAGGUGCUGGCCUCAUCAGAUUGCAUUUUCAUGACUGUUUUGUUAGGGGCUGCGACGCGUCGGUACUCCUUGACUCGACGCCCGAAAACCCGGCGGAGAAAGAGCAUCCGGCAAACAACCCUAGCCUCCGGGGCUUCGAGGUCAUCGACUCCGCAAAAACGGAGCUUGAAUCUCUCUGCCCGCAAACCGUCUCCUGCGCUGACAUCCUCGCCUUCGCGGCCCGCGACAGCGCCUUCAAGCUCGGGGGCAUCAAGUACUCCGUCCCCGCUGGUCGCCGCGACGGAACAGUCUCACUGAAAGCCGACCCCAACGGGAACCUCCCCGCUCCUUCCUUCUCCACCGCGCAACUGCAGGAGAGUUUCGCCAGCAAAAGCCUAACCCUAGAGGAAAUGGUGACGCUCUCCGGAGCGCAUUCGAUCGGUGUUUCUCGCUGCUCUUCGUUCUCCAAUCGUCUCUACUCGUUCAACUCCACUCAUCCGCAAGAUCCUUCCAUGGAUCCGAACUUCGCUACGUUUUUGAAGAAGAAAUGCCCCGCUUCGACGAGUGAUGAUCCGGUCGUGAAUCUUGAUUCGGUUACGCCGAAUAGGCUCGACAAUCGGUAUUACGUCAACUUGAAGAACCGUCGCGGAGUUUUGGCCUCCGAUCAGAUUCUUUUGAGCAGUUCUUCGACGGCGAGUUCGGUGAGCUACAAUGCCAGGAAUAAUGGGGCUUGGGCGGAGAAGUUUGCUGAUGCGAUGGUGAAGAUGGGCUCCAUUGAUGUUUUGACGGGAAGCUCGGGGCAGAUAAGGAAGAAUUGCAGGCUUGUGAAUUAA